CCAGCCUAGGCCGCUUCCCCAGGUAGUGCCCCUCCCUGUUGUGUGCCCCUUGAUCGGCGGAAAGUGCGUAUGCUGCGGGGCGUCAUCACCUAUCACUUCCACUGCCACUGCCGCUACAGGGCAGAAGGCUGCAAGUUACCAGCACUACGACGAAUCCGUCAUUUAUGACGGCAGUGGCAGCUGAGGGCAAAACCCAUCCACCCUUCGCACAGAGCGCAACCACCUCAACUUGCUCAACACAGACAUAACCACUACCGUGCCCUGCCUGAGCGGUAGCCAAAGUGGCCGACAGGAUUGUGGCAUCACCCUUGGCGUCUCUCCCACUAGGCUUGUGACAUCAAUCAAUCCACCCAACCAACCAACCAGCCCAUCUCUCAACCGAGACCACACCCACAGCCGAAAGGACGGUCCAGGUCCAGGCAGGCAAGCAAGACAAACAGGAGAGACAGGACCAGCCUCCAGUCCCUCUUACAGCAGCUUAUUAGGUGGGCCUCGUUUAGGACCUCAGACACCCUUGUCAGCGAUCCCACCCAUUCCCCAUUGCCCCCUCCACUCAAACCUGGCCACAGCCAACAGGAAUCUGGCACCACAAUUUACGACUCGAGUGCCGUGUGUGCGCCGCUGCCACUUGUUAACAGUACUACAGUACUGUCUGUUGCUGCUACGGUCGCUGCUGUGCUGUUCCUUGCCAGAGAGGCCACAAAAGAAAUGGCUCCUCCGCGCCCCUCCUACGCCGCCAUCGAUGACGGGGAACUCUCCAUUUCACUGAGCUCCUCCCAGAUUCGACGAGGCAGUCGCAUCAAUGUCAACAGCCCUCUCAAGACCCCAGACGACCAGACUCCCUCCAACACACACCAACACCAACAGCACCUCGAGCACGACCACGGGCCCCCGGUCCCCUCCUCCAACAUGGCCUCCGCCGCUGCGCCGACCUCCUCGGCCACUGCGGGGCCCAUCCCCGAUAAGGCCCGGACAGACCAGCGAAUCGGCCAGUACAACAUCGUCAAGACCCUCGGCGAGGGCUCCUUUGGCAAGGUCAAGCUUGCCGUCCACCGGAGCACCGGCCAGCAGGUCGCCCUCAAGAUAAUCUCUCGCAAGAAGCUCAUCAGCCGAGACAUGGCCGGCCGGGUCGAGCGCGAGAUUGAGUACCUACAACUACUGCGACACCCGCACAUCAUCAAGCUUUAUACCGUGAUCAAGACCUCCAGCGAGAUCAUUAUGGUCCUCGAGUAUGCCGGCGGGGAACUGUUCGACUACAUCGUGCAACACGGCCGUAUGGAGGAAGAUGAGGCGCGACGUUUCUUCCAGCAGAUGCUCUGCGCCGUAGAGUACUGCCAUAGGCACAAGAUUGUCCACCGAGACCUGAAGCCCGAGAAUCUUCUGUUGGACGACCAAUUGAACGUCAAGAUCGCAGACUUUGGACUGAGCAACAUCAUGACGGACGGCAACUUUCUCAAGACGAGCUGUGGCAGCCCGAAUUACGCCGCGCCAGAAGUCAUCGGAGGGAAGCUUUACGCCGGCCCAGAGGUCGACGUGUGGAGCUGUGGUGUGAUCCUCUAUGUGUUGUUAGUCGGCAGGCUGCCCUUCGACGACGAGCAUAUACCCAGUCUCUUUGCAAAGAUCGCGCGAGGUACAUAUGCGGUACCCAAGUGGAUGAGCCCCGGUGCUGCCAACCUGAUCAACCGGAUGCUUCAGGUGAACCCCGUACAGCGUGCAACCAUCCCGGAGAUCCGACAGGACCCUUGGUUCAUCAAGAACCUGCCCGAGUAUCUGGCACCGCCAGUCGAACCGUUCUACAACACCGGCAUCGAUCCCGACAAGGCCAUCAAGCCCUCAGACAUCGCCCCCAACGCUCCGACCAAGGUGCAAGAAAAGCUUCACAACGAAGUGACGGAGAAGAUCUCCAAGACGAUGGGUUACGGGAAGAAGGAUGUGCAGGAAGCGCUUGAGGCUGCUGAGCCAUCUGCCAUCAAGGACGCGUACAUGAUUGUCCGCGAGAACAAGCUGAUGCAGGUCAAUCCCCUGCUUGGAGAAAACAACCCUUACUUCCCCUCAUCUCCGCCCAGUGUUAAUGAGGUUUCUUCAGGCAUUGAGUCGUUGAGUACGGAGCUCGACCGCGGCGCAAGCCCCCUUGCGAGCUCCGCGAGGUCUAUCACAUCCAACAGUACUACCGCUUCGCCGCGUCCGUACGUAUCCAAGGUCGGCAUCCUACCUAGCAGUCUCACUGCCUAUCACAAAGAUUACAUGGAGCGAGAAAAGGCCGGCGUCGAGGAACGACCCGCACCGCCUGUUCUACCGGAGCCUGGACACCCUCGGUCUGAAGAUGAGCGCCAAGAGACCCUGCGUCGACUCAAACCUCACGCUCGCAGCGCAGAUUCGGCCAAAAGACCGCAGGGUAUGACACCUGUGAACCCCCCCAAGAAGCCCAAGGCGACCAGAUGGCAGUUCGGUAUUCGAUCGCGAAAUGCGCCUUGGGAGGCUCUGGGCGUCAUCUACAAAUCCCUAUCCAAGCUUGGCUGCAGCUGGGUUCCAGAUGAGGACUACGACAAGGUCCAUAGUGCCGACGAUGAUCAGAACGGUGGGGAGAGAUCUCACCGCCGCUCAGCAAGCAGCCGCUCUACCGACCCUACCAAGAUCUACAAGCUACCGGCUGACCCAUGGCACCUCCAGGUGCGGUGGGAGACAGAGAAGCUACGCAAGGGCCCGCAUCUACCCGAGGACAUCGUACAGGACCCCGCCGUGGUGAAGAACGGUGAUGAUGAAUAUCAGGUCGUGGCGAUGCGCUUGGACAUCCAAAUCUACGAAAUGGCUGAGCCAGGCUCGUAUCUUGUCGAUUUCAAAUGUGACGGUUACGAGACACCUGACGGCAGGAUCUUGGAGGAGAAGCAGGUCACAAGCCCGUUUCCCUUCCUGGACCUUGCAGCCAGGUUGAUCAUGCAGCUUGCGGAUGCGGAAUGAAAGUUCUAUCUUGUUGCUCCUUUGAACAGGAUGACAAGGAAGGCUGAGUCUAGUCUGUGUCAACACCUCUACAGCCCUGGCCGAUAUUGGUACAGCGCGUACUGCAGGGUGAGUACUCGGUUGACCCAUUGACUGUUGCAUCUCGUGUGAUUGAGUACACCCAAAGCGGAAAGCCGGCAAUGGAUCGUCGAGCAUAUUCAGACAUGGCAACGUUUGUCAUAGGAGCGGCUAGUCUGAGGCAAAUUGAUUUUGUUUAGGUUUGGAGGCACACUUGUGAGAUCGAUUGGAAGAGCGUUGGCGUUGGGGAAGGCUCGAGUUGAAAGGACGCAGGGAAGUCGGUCAUGGGGGGGGGGGGCGGCCAAGAAAUUCGCCUCCAAGCUUACGGGACAAGCGUCGCGCCGGCGGGCACGCUUACGGAGCCGGCCCUGACACGGCUGACACGGGCGCGGGGCGCGUCUCCCAUUCGAAGACGCGUCGUUUCCCGCCGUGUCGGGCACGACACCGUUCCGGCCGUGCAGUGUGGCAGCCUUUAUGCACAAGUGCGGCACGGCCAUCGAGUGGCCGGAAGUUGUGGUGGGCAGUCCUUAGGCAUCAUGCAAGCCUGGGAGGCUUGCAUGUGCCAUUUUGUAUCAAGCAUCUAUCUAUUGCAAUUGUAAUGGCUGGCUUCCUCGCCACAAAUGGAACCAGCAAUCUGCCGGCUACUGCCACAGCCAUUCAACAA